GACACCCGCUUGCCGGGAGUUUCACAGUGACCUCUACCGCAGUUGAAAAUACUUGGGAGCGUAGCUUCAGUGAUUUGGCUUGGUUUUUCACAAUGUAACUCCUUCUGCGUUGGACACGGUGACAAUUAGACCGAAAAACCAAAACCCAAUUCAUUUUGUAUCCAAGCGUCUCAAGAAGGGCUUAUGUGCUCCUCGCCGUGUCAUCUCCGCCUGGGAGUGCUCAGUGUUGCCGGCGUUGAGCCUGUUUCAGCUGCACUGCAUCAACAUGGGUGUGAUCGGUGUGCAGUUGGUGGUUACCAUGGUAAUGGCCAGCGUGAUACAAAAAGUCAUACCUCAUUAUUCCUUUGCAAGAUGGCUACUGUGCAGUGGCAGUCUGCAGUGGUAUCAGCACCCUACGGAAGAUGAGUUGAGGAACCUUGCUGGGAAACAGAAGGGACAGAAGAGGAAAGACAGGAAGUACAACGGUCACAUAGACAACAAGCCGCUAACAGUUCCCAAGGACAUCGAUCUUCAACUGGAAACAAAAUACAUCACGGAAGUCGACACAUUAGCAUUGCACUACUUCCCAGAGUUCCAGUGGCUGGUUGAUUUCACAGUAGCGGCAACUGUGGUCUAUCUGGUAACAGAACUUUACUACAGUGUGGCUCAGCCCUCAGGGGAGAUGAACAUCAGUGUGGUUUGGUCCAUGCUAGUGCUCGCCUUUGUCGUUAAGAUUCUCUUCUCUCUGACAACUCACUACUUUAAGCUAGAGGAAGGAGGCGAGCGCUCUGUCUGCAUAACGUUUGGCUUCUUCUUCUUUGUCAAAGCCAUGGCCAUUCUCAUCGUUACUGAGAGCUACCUGGAAUUUGGUCUGGAAACGGGUUUUGCAAGCUUCUCUGAUCGUGCACUACAGUUCCUGGAACACCAGGGCUUAGAAUCGCAGGGUCCCAUUUCAAAACUUACCUUCAAGCUAAUCCUCGCCUUUCUCUGCGCCAUGAUUGGAGCCUUUCUAACCUUCCCAGGUCUGCGAUUGGCCCAGAUGCACCUUGAUGCACUCAAUGUGACCACAGGCAAAUUUACACAAACUUUGCUUCACAUCAACUUUCUGUCCCCACUCAUCAUGGUCCUACUGUGGGUGAAGCCCAUAACCAAGGACUACAUAAUGAAUCCCACCCUGGGAAAUGACAGCUUGCCUCUGAUGGCUGAGCAGACGUACGACACACUACGGUUAUGGACCAUCGUAAUGAUGUGUGCGCUGCGGCUAGCGAUGAUGAGGCAUCAUUUGCAGGCCUACCUCAACCUGGCACAGAAGGCCGUUGAGCAGAUGAAGAAGGAGGCCGGCCGAAUAAGUACUGUCGACCUGCAGAAGAUGGUCGCACGGGUUUUUUAUUAUUUGUGUGUAAUUGCACUGCAGUAUGUGGCACCGCUGGUGAUGUUGCUGCAUACAACUUUGCUGCUAAAAACCUUGGGUGGACACUCAUGGGGGUUCCAUGUCGAAGAAGAGCUGCCUUGCACACAUCAUAUGGACUCUAAGGCAGGGGACGUGCCAACAGCACCCCCGGUGGUGGAGGCAAGCGCGGGGCCUUCCGUCGCCCAUCUGUCGAUGGCCCUGGGGGGCCUGAAGACCGUCUUCAGCCCGUUACUUUUCCGGGGCCUUUUCUCUUUCUUCACGUGGUGGAUCGCCGCCUGCCUCUUCUCCACCUCCCUCUUUGGCCUCUUCUACCAUCAGUAUCUCAUGGCUGCGUAGAGAAAAGGCCACCAGCUCGCAGCACUGACUGACCAUAUCAUUUGAACGAUUAGUUCUAUUCCCAGUGCUUCCUCCACAGAUGAAAACUGUUUUUACAUUUGCUCCUUUUUAUCCACUUCCCAAGAUUUCUUACAUUUAGUAACAAUCACAAUCUAGCAACUGACAGAGUAACAACGAAGGUUUCCUUUUUUGUUUCCCCCCUCAACGUGACUCGUGGUCAAUUUCUGUAUGUCAUGCUGGACACAGUUACACAAAGAUCAGUUUUUAGAUUUGUAUUUUUAAUAUAUAUGAUUCGCCUGAUAAUAGUGUAUUUGGAGGUUAAUUGAGCAGCUGUCAAUGCUAACAGGCUAAAAGUGUUUGACAGAGUCUUAAGUGAUGGGGUAAGAGGGAGGAGCCAAUCCACUAAAAAUGGUUAGCCUGUGUGUGUUUUGUAUUUGAGAGACACAUCUACAACUCGAGUUUUGAGGCUUGAGCUCGUCCAGACAAAGUUCAAGUUGAAGAUGUUCCAGAAGAUGUUGAAAACAGGCUGUAUCACCUGUUUUGUUUUUAUAAAUUAUUUUUAUUUAGUUUUAGGGAGGGAGGGCGGUGGCUCGAUGUGCGAUCAAGAUGGCGGCUCCUGUUGUUGAUGCGAAAAACGCCUUUCAUGUUUUUUUUUCUUUUUGUAGGCCGUGUGUUAAUCCAAUCACUUAUUUUUUUCCAUUUGAGCUUUUCUAACAAAUGAAGUUGAUUUCAUCAAUGGUGCCAAGUGUUCCUUUGUUCCCAUGGCUGUCUCAAAACCACAAUCCACACCUUAAGGGCCUUACAAGUUCUCUUGAUUGAGUUUUCAUGAGGAAUCGUGUAGUGUGUGUUUUUGUCUGGGCACGACGAGGUCGAAGUGUGUCUGUGCGCUAAGCUAAAACAAAAGUCCAAACCUUUCAACAAAGCAAGGCACAAUGUCAACGUGCUUAGGAGUUCUGAACACAUUUUGUUACAUGGAACUUUGAAGUUCAGUUUUCCAGCAUGAAACAUGCCGACUCACGGCACAUCGUUACUUUGACGCAAUGGGGAAACAAACCUAAUGAAUGUAUCGAGCUUGCCUGAUUUGUGGAAGUGAAAAUCAUUUGUUUGUACAUUUUAUUUGAUUUCUUUUCCCUCUAUCCUCACACGUCUUUUUGCUAUUUUGCUACAAACCUAAUGUUUUUUUUGUCCAAAUGACUGUUUUAACUGAUUUCUUAGUAUUUAUUAAAGACGACUAGACCUGUAAACAUUUUUGAUUUUAACACAUGGUCUUGCUUGAUGACUUGAAUCAGUUCUGUACAUGUUUUUCUUUUAGUGACCUGUUCAGGUGGGAAGUAGCUGAGAUUUCAGGAUUCUCUUCAGUUCAGUACCACUGAAAGUGAUGCUUUUUAUUCCGUUUCAUGGAUUCACAAAGUAAUGUACUGAUGUUAUUCUAUGUAUUUAUUUAAGUAUCAGAAUUCAUCUUUGAAUAAAUUUUGUGCUUUACUUUG